AUGACCCGAACAGACCCACCUGACGUCCUGGUGUCUGCCGUGUGUCAGGACGUCCCGGUGGCCUCCACCCGCUCUGCCUUCUGCCAGCCCAGCAGGCGAUGUGACUCCUCCAUGUCUUCUGCCCUCAAGAACCCGCCUGCCCAGCACUUCAACAAGCGGCACUGUCGCAGCUUCGACUUCCUGGAGUCUCUCGACGACCCACCGGUGCCUGUCACUCCCGCCAUGGAGCGGCAUUCCCGGCGGCCUCCCACGCCAGAGCCCUCCUCAACUCCCGGCGGCAAGAGGGUGUCUCUCCGGGCCGCUGUGCAGGAAAACUAUGUUUCCCAGGUGAAGGACGCGGCUUCCCGAGCCGAGCCCAAGAGACGGGCCCGAUCCAAGAGCGCCCCCCGCGCCAAAUCCACCUUCACGCCUGUGGUCAUUCCUGUGGCUUCGGGUUCCCCACCGGCCCCCACUAGGAGAGGGCGGGAAGUCUACCGAGUGCCCCGAGAGCCUGAGCGGGUAGAAGCGUCCCCUCGCCGGGAAAGCAGCUAUGCCUCCAUGAAAGCCCUGAUGAGCGAGGUGCACCCCAUCAAGCUGCAGCCUCAGCGGGCCGGCGGCAGCCGCAUCUCACCCCUCUGUGUCACAGGAGUCAACUGCCCCGAAGAGGCCGCCCCGGCUGCCAGGCCUCCGCCGCCUAGCGUGCAUGUCAAGCGCCGGGUGGACAUCAAGCCGGAUGAGGCUGCCGUACUGCAUGCAGCUCGCAGUGCCAAGGGGUCCCACGGCCAUGGCGAGGCUCUCCUGCCCUGGCCUCGGCCUCCAGGGACGCCCCACAGCUUGACCGUGCCCAGCAGCCGGCAAGUGCCCAUGUCUCGGACUCCCACACCCAGCGAUACUUACAGUGGGGAACACCGAGGGCUGGCCCCCUACGCCCCCGAGUUUUGUGAUGGAGGUCCCACUGUGGCCGAAAGCGGCUGCCUUCCUUACCUUCCCUACGUGCCCCCGAGGUUCUUCUACACAGAGGAACCAGGCAGUUUCCCUCAGAAGAGUUCCAGCUACAAGUCCUACCCUCCCCCUUAUGGGGGCCAGGUCCUCCCGCCCCAAACCUUCUACGCAGAAGAGCCUCCUCCCCCAGGGGCCUUCUACCCUCUUCCGGCCAGGAGCUUCCUUGUGGAGGAAAGCAGGGGCCCUUUUCCCAUUCAGGAGGCCCCUGCUCAGACUUUCUAUGGGGACGACCCUCGCCUUUACACCCCCAGGACCCUCCCUGGAAAAGCGGUUUACCCAGAAGACCCCAGGCCUUACCCCGCCUUGAGGGCCAACCCACGCAUCUUCUACACGGAAGACUACGGGAAAUACCACGAGCGGGAAGCGCUGUCUCGCACUUACCCCCACUCACGCAUGGCUCCCUCUGUCCAGUUUAACGACUGGUACUGCCCUGAAAGGGGGACGGUGCCCUACCCAGCCUGGCAGAUGGCCCGCUUUCCAGCUCACCAGCCUGCCUCCCAAGCCAUGCUGUCGUCUUGGCACGCCAGCUACAGCGUUAGUCCUCCCCGGCUUGGUGUGGACACCAGACAUUACUCCAAAUCCUGGGACAAUAUUUUGACCCCUCAUGUGCGCCGGGAAGACCAGCUGCUGCGUGGCCGUAGCUACGAGAACCUGCUGUCUCGGGACCCACAUCGUGCUUUCUCCCCUGAUGACCGGCGCCAACCAGUGGUGGUGAACCUGUCCAGCUCUCCCAAGCGCUACGCUGCCCUUUCCCUCUCGGAGAACUCCCUCGUGGAGAAGAUGCAUGCCGACAGGGGGCGCCAUGGCUGGUUCGUCACUCCAGAGAUCACCAUCACGGACAACGACAUCCGAGCCAACCACGGGCUCGGCAAGCACGACAGGCGCUCAGCCAGCUGGGAUGUCCUGGAUUCAGGGGACGCCCGAGACAGGGCCUACGUUCCCCACCAGUCCUACGGCCCAGACCCUGGUGCCAAGGACAGCUCCGCCCGUCAGCGCAGCCUGGAGCAGUUGGACGAGCUCAUCACUGACCUGGUCAUCGACUACAAGCCCCCUUCCGUCUGCCAACCCAGCGAAGUCAGCAACCUGGCCGAUCAGCUGCGGCAGUUGAUCAGCGAUGGGCUGGGGCUGCCUCCCAAAAAGCCGGACCCCUGGAGGCCCUCGGAGCCCCACCCCACCAAAGAGCAGCCUGGCCGCCCGGAGGACUGUUCCCCAGAUCUCAGCGCAGACGAGGAUGACCUCAUGAUGUGCUCCAACGCCAAGUGCCGCCGCACGGAGACCAUGUUCAACGCCUGCCUCUACUUCAAGUCCUGCCACAGCUGUUACACCUACUAUUGUUCUCGCCAUUGCCGGCGGGAGGACUGGGACACCCACAAGGAGAGCUGCAUCUACGGGCGGAUCGGCAGCACCUGCCGCCACGUGCUGCAGUUCUGCCGGGAGAACGGUGAGGUGCACAAGGCCUUCUCCCGCAUCGCCAAGGUGGGCUUCCUGUCUCGGGGCCGAGGGGUGCUCUUCCUGGGCUUCCCCAGCUCAGGCUCUGCCGAGAACUUCCUGCAGUUUGGCCUGGAGAGCUUGCUGAUGUCCCCCACUUACCUGUCACUGCGGGAGCUGGAGGGCUAUUCCGACAACCUCGGGGAGUACGCCCAGGAGCUGCAGGAGGCGGGCCAGCAGUACGACCCCCAGGAAUGUUUCCUGCUGAACGUGACCGUGGCAGUGGGGCAGGAGGUGCCCGAGCGGCCCUCCCCCAAGGUACAGGUGCCAACCGUCCGCAAGUAUGCCAAGAUGGCCUUGGCGUCCUCCAGCCCCGAGAAGAAGAUCCUCAAGAAGGAGCGAGACAUGGAGACGCUGAUCCUGACGCCUCCUCCCGGCACGGCCGACCUGGACAAGGACGGCGAGGAAGGACGCAAAGCGCGAGAGGUCUGCUUCAUCAACAUCCAGCGCGAGCUGCGGAUUCGCGGCGUCUUCCUGCGGCACGAAUUCCCGAAGGUUUACGAGCAGCUGUGUGCCUUUGUGGAAAGCAACAAGCGCUUCACGCCCACCACCAUCUACCCCAUGGAUAAGAGGACUGGCAAGCAGUUCAUGUGCAUGAUCAUGGCCGCCUCUGAGCCGCGCACCCUCGACUGGGUGGCCAGUCCCAACCUCCUGGACGACAUCAUGUGAGCCCAGCGGUAUGGCCAGAGGGCA